AGCAGCAUCCGCUGCAAGGAGUUGCAAGGGACGUAGUGACUGGGAGCCGGGCGGCGGAGGCGAGGGCGUCCAGGGACACGGGACUAAGCAGCAGGUGGUCCUCUCGCCUGCAUCUCUGAAGCGGCGGAAGCGGUCUCGGUAUCUGGCGGCGUCAGCAACUUCAGCAUCCCAGCACUGCUGCAUCAGCGGCAAUCGUAGCCUGUAUCCCUCUGGCCCGGGCUGGCGGCUGCAGCAUCCGCCUUUUCCGACAACAGCAGCUCAGCAUCCCUCAAGCCAGCCUUCUCUUCCCCUUGGGUACCACUAGCCCCGGCUAAUUCCCCCUCCUCCCUCCCUCUCUCUCUCUCUCUUCCUCCUCGCCGGCGUUUCUGCGGCUCUUUCCGCCCCUCCAUCGCCGCCUGGGUCCCGGCUCCUCUUUUCUCGCCGUCUCUUUCCCCCCCUCCCGUCUUGAACUCGCUUUAGCUUUCCUCCUGCCAGCCUUUUCUCACCUCCCCGAGGCUCCCCCUCAGCAGCCAAGACGCCGCGGGCUGUACUCCGAGUGAAGAAUGGGGCGUCGAAGCUGGCCAAAUCGCAGGCGGCGGCCGAAGCCCCCGGCGGCGCCCCCGGUGCGGGGCUCUUCAUGGAGCGUUCGCAAAGUCGCCUCAGCCUGUCCGCCUCCUUCGAAGCCCUGGCCAUCUACUUCCCCUGCAUGAACAGCUUCGAUGAGGAAGAGGCGGAAGGAGAUGGCCGGAAACUGAAAGGGGCUAUCCAGCGGAGUACAGAAACUGGACUGGCUGUUGAAAUGCCAAGUCGAACUAUCCGGCAAGCCAGUCACGAAUCCAUUGAGGACAGUAUGAACAGCUAUGGAUCAGAAGGAAACUUGAAUUUCAAUGGAGUUCAUCUGGCAUCUGCUGGGCAGUUCAGUGAUUUCUUGGGCAGCAUGGGACCAGCACAGUUUGUGGGUCGCCAGACCUUGGCCACUACCUCUAUGGGAGAUGUGGAAAUUGGAUUGCAAGAACGCAAUGGACAACUGGAAGUGGAUAUUAUUCAAGCCCGAGGAUUGACCGCAAAGCCUGGCUCUAAAACCCUUCCAGCGGCAUACAUCAAGGCCUAUCUCCUAGAAAAUGGGGUUUGCAUUGCAAAGAAGAAAACUAAAGUGGCUCGCAAAUCUUUAGACCCCCUGUACAAUCAAGUGUUACUUUUCCCAGAGAGCCCACAAGGCAAAGUACUUCAGGUGAUCGUCUGGGGAAACUACGGGCGCAUGGAACGCAAGCACUUCAUGGGUGUUGCUCGGGUCCUCUUGGAAGAACUGGAUUUGUCCACUCUGGCUGUUGGUUGGUAUAAGCUUUUUCCAACCUCUUCAAUGGUGGAUCCUACUACAGCUCCCCUCCUGCGCCAGUCCUCACAGCUUUCCCUGGAGAGUACAGUAGGACCUUGUUGUGACAGAUCUUAAUGAGCAAGGAAGUACUAAGGGUACUGAUUCUGUUUUUAAGAUCAUGAUCUCAAGGUUUUGUUUGCCUGAACGCUGUCCUCAAGUGCAUUGCAUCUUCAAUCAGUCCCUGGGGAGUCUGAAGGUGAGGAUAGCCAAGUAACCUUGAUGAAAUCAAAAUGGAGGCCAGUGACCUUUCUCCAUCCAAGUAGGAGGAGCUGUGGGGCACAAGUCCUAAUUAUGAAAUGAUGCUGAUAAGACAUACUUUUCUGUUUUUCAUUUAUUCACUGUCAUCUAUACAUCUUCAAAUCAAUGUGACAUCUUGAAAUGUUGCAACAAUUUAUUUUCAUUGGGGAAGAUGUUCUUUUUUAAUACUAUUUUACAAAUUUGAAAAUAAAAUGAACUUUGGCUAUUCUUAAUUAUUCAAAGCAAACAUCUGACCUAAAUAACAGCAGUUUCAGGGAAACUGUAUGGGGUUUGUAAAUGUUCUUUUUCCUUUUAAAGAGUGGGAAGGAGGGAGAAAGAACUGCAAAUAUUUCUUAGAGCAAAUUGCAUUUAAGGUACAAGUACCAUUGCUGUAUUUUUCUCAAUACUGUGCCAAAUUACCAGCAGUGUCUUCUAUUACUAUAGGACUUAGGUCAACAAUACUGCUGAAGAAUUAUUUUGUGGAAAGAACUAGAAAAGAUUCUAGGUCACUCAGUUGCAACACAGAACAUAGCAAACCACUUAACUGGAACACUGCGCAAAAAUUACAAAUUGCAAAAUUUGCAGGGAUUAGAUUUAUUAUUGGAUAUGAACAUUGUCAGGACACAAAGACACACACCAUACCUUACGUCAGCUGUUGGUCUGCUUCUUCUCAUUGUGUCUUCUUAUUCCCAUAUUCUAGCCAUGCUUUGGAUUUUUAGUGCAUAUCUUUUGAUGUAGGUUUUGGUUUCAAGGACAGUAAUUUAUUCCACUAUUGCAAGUAAAAUUACAAUAUAAGGGUUUGCUUUAUUUAAGGGGAAGUUACAAGAAGAUGACAUUCCAUUUAUCAUUUGAAAGACAUUUGCAAAGGAUCUUGGGAAGCUACAUUUAACAGAAGGAAAUUUUAUUUGAUCUUCCAGUGUUGUGGGGCAACCUGGUGGAAGAAGAGGAAGAGUUGGAUUUUUCCAAAGUUCAGUUGCAGGAAAUAGUAAAGGCAUUUUCACAAGUGACUCUAAAAGCAUCAUGAGGUCUUUGAAAUUAUUUGCGUUCAUAUGUGAAUUAUUAUAAUGCACUUUUGAGUUAAUGAAUGCAGGGAAUAAUUAAAAUUGGCAUUUUGGCUUUUAUGUGGUUUUGUAUGCUUGUACAUAUAGCUAAUCUAUGAGUGAACAUGCUCUACUCGUACUAUAUUCUUGAUUCCUCCAUGCAUCAUUAUACAAUUGUACAUGUUCCAGAAGCAGCAAAUAAGAAUAUAUCUUCUACUGUGCUAGAUAUAUUGAUCUACAUCUAGCAUAAAGAGAAUGUUUAUUUUUUAGUUAACUUUGAAUCAGCAGAAGAGAUGGAACUAUCACUGAAGGUAUACAGAUGGAAUAAUGGCUUUCUAACAAGUCACUUGUGAAAAUUCUCUACUUGCAGAUUACCUUUGGGAGAAUUUGAAACUGUAAGAAUAAUUAUAAUGUAAAUAUUUUAAGUUAGCAAAUAAAAAAGAUAGCAAUUAUCAAUAUCAGUUGGUGGGGGAUAAUUUAAUCAUUAUCCUAGAUUACCUGGACAUUCUUCUAAAUCAGUGGUUCUCAACCUGUGGGUCGGGACCCCAUUUGGGGUCAAACGACCAUUUCACAGGGGUCACCAAACAAUGCAGUCCGCCAUUUUUUUCCCCUUUUCCUUAGUUUGC